AUGGGAGGAUCAGCAAAUGAGGAUACCGACGGCCAAAAGGCGGCCUACAUGAUGCCGCAAGGUCUCUCGGCUGUCAUCUUGGCCUUGUCGAUAUUCUUUGGCAUCACGUCGCUGGGCGUGGUAUCUCUCAGGUUAUGGAUCCGAGGCCGGGCGAAUAUACUAGGCUGGGAUGACUAUCUAAUGGCCACUGGCUUGGCUUUGUUCCUGGUGGCUGCUGGCAUGGCUUCGUAUGACACGUUUCAAGGAUUGGGCUCUCCGACCGAUUUAGUUGAUGAUGAUAUGGAGAUCAUUGGCCUGAAGUAUGUAUGGAUAUGGCAGCUCUUUUACAUGGUAUCCCUGGUCUUUAUCAAGAACAGCAUCUGUAUCACAAUGUUGCGAAUCGCCAUCCAACGUGCGCAUCGAUGGGCACUCUACGUCACAAUAGCGCUAUCCACAGCCGUCGGACUCGUCGGUUUCAUCGGUAUGCUUUCCGUCUGUCGUCCCAUCACGGCACAGUGGGAAGGCGGCGGCCAAUGCGCUCCUCGAAGCACGGUAGUUAUUCUCAACUAUACCAUCUCGGCUGGCGCCAUCGUCACGGAUUGGGCAUGUGCCAUCAUUCCUGCCUGUAUCCUCUGGAACGCGCAGAUGAAGAGAAAUGUCAAGCUCUCUGUUGGCAUCGUGCUGGCAUUGGGUUCAUUGGCGUCGCUGUCAACGAUUAUCCGAAUUCCGUACCUGAGGUACUACAACGAGCUGGGAGACUUUCUUUACAAGGUCGGCAACAUUGUCCUCUGGUCUGUCCUCGAAGGUGGAAUUGGCCUAAUCGCCGGAUCCUUACCCAUGCUGCGACAAUUCUUCAAAGGGUGGCUUGGAAGCACCGUACGAAGUACCGCCGUAGGACCCUCACAAAUCCCUACAACAAAUCGAGGAAUGCAAAGAAAGCACAGCGUUUACUCACAGACGGGCAAGCCGCCUCCGUACUCUGUCCGCGGCUCGAGAGUAAGGGACGAUAGAGACUGGGCGCGACUGGACGACUCCGGCACGGAUUUACACCACCUCCACAAUGUCCCAGAGCACAAUGACUCUCAGUACGAGCUAUCCGAACUUGGUCGCCGAGAUGCCGUAGGUAUAAUUCGGGACCUGGAAAAGAACAUGGAGAAAUAG